AUGAAAAUUAGAUAUGACAAGUGCUCCAGUACAAAAGACCUAAACUACUUUUUUCAUUUAAAAUUAGGUUUUUUUGUUUGUUAUAAAAAUCACAAUGAUAAAUAUUCCUUUAAAAAUAAAAUCUUACAAAAAAAUGACACUAUAUUAUUUUUUAAGAAAAAAAAGAAAUUCAUGUAUCUCAGAAAAAAAAAAAAAAAAAAAAAAAAAAAAAUACUCAUUCAGAUUAUACAAGAAUAUAAUAAAUAUAAUGAAUAUUUUAAAUAUAAUUCAAAUUUAGAAGGUAAUCAAGGAUUCAAUAAAAAACCAGAAAAAAAUAAAAACACAAAAGGAAAUGUAUAUACUGAUCAUACAAAUCAAAAUGCAAAAUCAAAAAUAUAUAAUUAUGAUAUGAAUGAUGAUUCUUAUUCUAAUUAUGUGAACAACAAUAAUGUUUUUAGAAUAUCAUCUUUUUUGAUAUUAAAUAAUGAAUUUUUUGGAUAUCCCCUUCAAUUUGUUUGUGAAACAGAAGGGAGAAGUAGGAACCAUGAACAUUAUCCGGACGUACAUGGGGAUAAUAUUAAGUAUAACAAAUGUGAUGAUAAUAAGUAUAACAAAUGUGAUGAUAAUAAGUAUGAUAAAUGUGAUGAUAAUAAGUAUAACAAAUGUGAUGAUAAUAAGUAUGAUACAUGUGAUGAUAAUAAGUAUGAUACAUGUGAUGAUAAUAAGUAUGAUACAUGUGAUGAUAAUAAGUAUAACAAAUAUGAUGAUGAUAAGUAUGAUACAUGUGAUGAUAAUAAGUAUAACAAAUAUGAUGAUGAUAAGUAUAACAAAUAUGAUGAUGAUAAGUAUAACAAAUAUGAUGAUGAUAAGUAUGAAAAAAGUAGAAAAAAGAAAAAACUUAAUAAUUUAUAUAAAACCAUAUUAACAAAAAAAAAAAGAAAAAAAAUGAACUCUAAUUUAUGUGUAAUAAAUAAAAUAUACAAGUAUCCUAUAAAAUAUUGUGAAUUAAAUUCCAAAGCGUUUGUAUUUUUUAUUAUUAAAAAUGUAGGUGUUCAUAAAAUAACAUAUUAUUCAUAUAAUAAAUUAUUUUCGAAAGAUGGUGUUUUAAAUCAAGGAAUUCAAAUAUGCAAACUUUAUCAUGUGAACAAAAAUAAAAAAAUUAAACAAAUUAUUUUUGAAGCCUUGAAAAAUAAAAUAACCUUUUCAUAUGAUAACAAUCCAAACAAUAUCAAGAAAAAAAUAUACAAAUUUCUUAAAAAAAAUUGUGCUUAUCAUGAUCUCAUAAAAUUGUUUUAUUUCAAGGGUCACAAACAAAGGGAAAAAUGUAACAAAAAAUUAAAUAUGGAAAAAACCUUUGGGGUGCACAAAUCCAGUCGUUACAAUUAUAAGACAUAUAAAAAGAAAAAGAAAAUUGAUAUGUGUAAAAAUUAUUGUGAUGAUAUACUUGAUACAUAUAAUAGUAAAUAUUACAAGGGUGAAUUAUCCGGGCAGCAUAAACAUAUCAAGAUGACGGGGGAACAAAAAGAAGAGCAUCAUAUAAAAUAUACACAUUUGAAUUUUAAUCAUGGGAAAGAUGAAACAUUUUAUAAAGAAUUAUAUAAAUGUAAUUAUAUUGAAAAAUAUAUAUCGUCUGUAAAUUAUUUUUUAUUGGAGAGAAGACGAAUGUUUAACAAAUAUAAACAACAAGAGUUGUGUGUGAACAAAAAUGAGGAGAAUAAUAAAAAUAAAAAUGAUGAUGAUAAUAAAAAUGAUGAUGAUAACAAAAAUGAUGAUGAUAAUAAUAAAAAUGAUGAUGAUAAUAAAAAUGAUGAUGAUGAUAAUAAAAAUGAUGAUGAUAAUAAAAAUGAUGAUGAUGAUAAUAAAAAUGAUGAUGAUGAUAAUAAUAAAAAUAAUAUUCAAUGUGAUAACCAUUCAGAUAAUAUUUAUAUGUGUGGUACCUAUGGUAAUAUGGAAAACUAUAAUGUUCCUCAUAGUACGAAUAAUACAAAUCUCCAAUCCAUAAAGAAAAGAAUUAUUAACAUGAACAUAUUAGACAAUAUAAGGUGUAAUAAAACUUACAAAUACAUUGAUAAAAAUAAAUUCAAAUGUUUUACAUAUUAUUCAUGUAAAAAUUAUAAUGUAUGCAAAAAAAUUAUAGAAAAAUAUAAACUUUAUAAAUUUUUAAAAAAAAAAAAAAUUGAAGGAUACAUGAUUUUGAAUUUCCUUAAUUUUAAUAAAGAAUUAAUAUAUUAUAAUGAACAUAAAAAAGAUAUGUCUACAUUACAUGAUAAUUUAUUUGAUGUAAUUUCCAAUAAUCAAAAUGAAAAUGUGAAAUAUAAUCAUAUUUGUAAUAAUAAUAAGUAUGAUUGGUUUUUUAAUUCCUUUGAUUAUGUAGGUAAUCUAGAGGAAUCCAUCACAUGUUUCAAUAAUCACAAAAAAAAAGAAAAUAUGAAAAAUAUAAAAAAUAUAAAAAAAAAAAAAAAAAAAAAUUUGUUUUACAAUGAACAACAUAAUAUAAAAAAUAAUAAAAAUGAUUACCAUUUUGAUAAGUAUCCUUCUUCUUUAUAUAGUCAUUUAACAAAUAAAAAAAUGGUAAACAAUACAGAGGUAAAUAAUAUAAAAGAUGAAAAUUCCCUUCAGAUGUAUAUUAUUAAUAAAGAUGUUACAAAAAAUAAGGAUGGUAACUUACUAUUAAAUUCAUAUUAUAAUUCUAAAUUGGGUAAAUCAAUAAAUACAUGUUCUAAGGAAAUAUAUAAAGAGGAACAUAAAAAUGUUUAUAUAUAUAAUAAAAAAAUUACAAAAAUGAAUAUAAAAAUGAAGACGGAACAAAAAUAUAUCUGCGUCGAUUCGAAAAGGAAUACAAGAACAUAUAAUAGUAAAAACAUACGAACAUAUAAUAGUAAAAACAUACGAACAUAUAAUAGUAAAAACAUACGAACGUAUAAUAGGAAAAACAUACGAACGUAUAAUAGGAAAAACAUACGAACGUAUAAUAGGAAAAACAUACGAACGUAUAAUAGGAAAAACAUAAGAUGUAAUAACAGAAAAAAAUUCCAUCUAAAUAGAAAUAAAAAAAAAAAUGGUUGUGUAAAAAAAUACAAAUUAUAUGAUGAAAGGAAUACCUUGGUAUAUAAGAACAAAAUAGGGAGUAACCAUUUUUUUUUGAAGGAAGAAAUUGGAAAAAGUACAAAAAAGUUGAACGAUAUAUUUGAACAUAUAAGUAACUAUACAAAUCGUAUUAGUAAGAAUAUAAAUAUAACAAAUAAAAAUAGAUAUGAUGAUUAUCCUUUUGAUUUUUUGUCAAAAGAUAAAAUUGAAUAUAUCUCUAUGUUAUCACCAACUAUAAACGAGAUUAAAACAUUAAAUACUAUUCUUACCAUUCCACUUAUUAAAAUGAAUGAGUAUGAAAAAAAUUGUAUAUGGAGAUUCAGAUUUCAAUUAUUAAAUAGAAAAGAGACCUUAGGAAAAUUCCUAAAAUCUAUUAAUUGGAAUAAUAAAGAAGAAGAAGAAGAAGCCAUAAUUUUAUUAAAUAAGUGGGCAAAACCAGGUAUAGAGAAUUGUAUAGAAUUAUUUUAUUCACAUCUACAUCAUUAUGUUAUUAAAAAAUAUAUUAUAGAUAUUAUAAAGAAUAGUAAAAAAGAAGAAAUCAAAUUAUAUCUAUUUCAAUUGGUCCAAAGUUUAAGAACUUUUAAUUAUCAACAUAUAGAUAAUCUAUUUAUUAAUACUUUAAUACAAAAAUGUAUUAAAUCAAAAAAACUAUCCAUAUAUUUUUAUUGGUUUUUAUUAAGUGAAGCGAAAGAUAAAAUUAAAGGCAAAUUGUAUUUACAUAUACAUAAAUUAUUUAUUAAUAAAUUAAUGACUUCUAAUAUUAGAAAAAAUAAAAUUAUCCUAGAUAUUUUAAAAAAUCAAAACCGUUUCCGUAAUCAAUUAUUAUAUCUAACAAAAAUUGCCAAGAAUAAAACAGACAGAAUACAAAAUAAAACCAGAAAAUUAAGAAACUUUCUAUUUUAUUAUAGAACUAAUUAUGGAUAUAUAAAUAUCAAAGACUUUAUAAAAAAUAAUAUUUUUAUAUCUGAUCAUAAUGUCUAUGAUUUUUUGGAUAUAUGUAAAAUGAAAAGGGAAAAUUCGCUGGAUACUCCUAUGAGGGGUGAUAACAUUGGUCAACCUAGUUACCUGGGAAUGGUCCCUGGUAUGGGUAAAUCCACUGACGAUAGUAAAAAUGUUUACGGUGAUGAUAAUAAAAAUGUUUAUGGUGAUGAUAAUAAAAAUGUUUAUGGUGACGAUAGUAAAAAUAUUUAUUGUGACGAUAAUAAAAAUGUUUAUGGUGAUGAUAAUAAAAAUAUUUAUGGUGACGAUAGUAAAAAUAUUUAUGGUGACGAUAAUAAAAAUAUUUUUAGUGAUGAUAAUAAAAACCUUUAUAGUGACAAUAAUAAUAAUAAACACAUAAGAUAUAAUAAGUACGUAAAAAAUAUAUCCUAUGAACACUUUAAUGAAUAUCCUUACGAUAAUAAAAAGAGUAGAAAUAUAUAUACAUGUAAUAAAGAUAUAUGUAAUUCUAUUUAUUAUUUAGAUAACGAACUUACAAUAAAUUAUGAUAUAAAAGAUGAUUUAUAUUUUUUUCAAUAUAAAAGAAGUUCAGAUGAAAAAUUAUUAAAUACAGAUUUAAGUAAUGAUUCUAAUGAUAUGAUUCAUUAUAUUGAUGAUUCUAAAAAUGUUAAAAUUGAACGAAAUAGAGAUAACUCUUUCUUUUCUAAUUUUUUACAAUUUAAUGAUAAUUUAGAUUUUUUUUUAAAUGCUACUUAUAGUGAUGAAGAUAAUAAUUAUGAAAUAUUAGAUGACUCUAUAAAUUUUGUUCAGAAACAAAAAAUUAAAAAAAUAAAAACACCUUUAAUUUUACCUAUAGAUCCUAAUAUUGAAUUAUUAUCUUUCUUACCUGAACAAUCAUAUGUAUUACGUUCUUCUUUAUAUCCUAUAGUUAUUGCUUGUUUAGUUCGAAAAAAAAUUAAAUUAUAUAAUGAAAAUUAUAAUAAUUUAAUUAUUAAUAAUCAUACCUUUUAUAAAAAUGACCAAAAUAAGGAUAAUAUCAUAAACAAUUUGUCAUAUGAUAAGUCAUAUCAUUCAUAUUAUAACUCGCAAUUUAUUAAAACUUUACAAAAUUCUUUUGAAAGUACAACAAGUCUUAAUUAUCAUUAUAAUUUUUUGAAAUGUUCAAAUAAUAAUAUUUUUUAUAAAAACAAAAAAAUUGAAAGAAUUAAACCAAACACAUCAAUUCAAAAAGCCUUUCCGUCCAAUGAAAAUAUAUUAAAUAGAAAUCAACAUGUGUAUUAUAGUAAUAACCAAAUUGUUCAUAAUAUUAAAAAAAUGAACAAGCAUAAAAGGGAUGAUUACAUGAUUAAUGAAAAGGUCCUUCCAUGUGUUAGUAAUUCGUGUUUGGGCGAUAAACUGAUGCCGUCGCAUGAUAAAAUGAGGUCGUCGCAUGAUAAAAUGAUGCCGUCACAUGAUAAAAUGAUGCCAUCGCAUGAUAAACUUAUGUCGCCGCAUUAUACUCUUAUGUCGUCGCAUGAUAAACCUGUGGCACCAUCAGGCGUUUCCUCGUUAGGAGAGAAAAAGUCAAAAGAUGAAAAAAAGAAUAGAAAAAAAUAUAACGAAAUCUACCAGCUGUCGAUAAAAAAGUAUAUCUAUAAAGCAGGUGAUGAUUUAAGACAAGAUCAUUUAGUUAUACAAAUAAUUUAUGUUAUGGAUAAUAUAUGGAAAAGAUAUGGUUUGGAUUUAAAAAUGACACUAUAUAGAGUAUUAGCGUUAUCGACAGAUGAUGGUUUUAUUGAAUUUGUGGAUUAUGCAGAAUCUAUAUCUUCAAUAAAAAAAAAUUAUAAAGGAGAAAUAAGACAAUAUUUUAUAGAUAAUAGUACAUGUUCAAGUUCCCCUUUAGGAUUUGAUACAGAAAUAUUACAAAACUUUAUAUCAAGCUGUGCAGGAUAUAGUGUUAUUACCUAUAUAUUAGGUAUAGGAGAUAGACAUCUAGAUAAUUUAAUGGUAACAAAAGAUGGACGCUUUUUUCAUAUCGACUUUGGUUAUAUAUUUGGAGAGGAUCCAAAACCAUUUUCUCCACCUAUGAAAUUAUGUAAAGAAAUGAUUGAAGCUAUGGGAGGAGCUCAUAGUAUAGGUUAUGAACAAUUCUUAAAAAAAUGUUGUCUAGCAUAUAAAUAUUUAAGAUACCAUUCUCAAUUAAUUAUUAGCUUGUUAGAUGCAAUGUGUGAUGCAGGAUUAAAGGAUAUGAAAAUGAGUCCAGAGUUAUGUGUCUUAAAAGUACAAGAAAAAUUUAGACUUGAUUUAAAUGAUGAAGCAGCAGAAAUUUAUUUUCUUAGUGUUAUCAAUGCAUCCGUUAAAACGUUAUUUCCUGUUGUUGUGGAUAAAUUGCAUGAGUGGGCCUUAAAUUGGAAAUGA